GCUAGCGUUAGCCUGCUAGCUAGGAUACUGUUAGCUUAGAGCUACUUAUCUAGUUAGAAGCACUGCAGUUAAUUGUUGUUUGCCUUGUCAAAUAGCUAUGAUACUAAUAUUGUAUAUUUACUGCAUAUUUAUUUAACUAUUCGAGUAGAGGUCAACUAAAGAGGAGGAACUUAACCUAGCGAAGAUUUCCAUGGACAGCAGGAAGAGGCCAGCAGCUUCCUCCAACUGUGGGAGCUUUGUUUUCUGGUCCUCCUCAUUCAGGCGGCAACCAGCCAGGGUCCUAAUCGUGGAGGCAUUGCCACCUUGGUGGUCAGAGACCUGUUCAGUGCUCUGUGAUGCUCUUGAUAACUUCUUGUCCCUUGCCUGUAGUCUGGAUGGACCUUGUAGGAUACCGCUACUCAGCCUUUAUGCCAUCAGCAGGCAGCAGGAAUGUCUAUUGCCAUUUGUGCAGGUUCGUGGUAACUUGGCCAGGCUGCAUUCCUGUGUGGAGGAGCUGAGAUCUAUUCCAGGUGAAGGCUGUAUUAAGGGAGCAGCCAGAGGAAGUGGGCUUGUACGACAAGCAGUGCUGGACAGCCUGCAGCAGUUUAAACAGUACAUCAGACAUACCAGUGCUGGCAGCCAAACUAACAACAUAUCUGUGGAGGUUACUGUGGUGACCAGCCAGCCAGGGCGGGGCAUUGUCCGCCAGUUGGAGAUGGGGCUCAAAGAUGCCGACCUGGUGACACUCAAGCGGCUCCUGGUCGUACAGAUCUACAGGGCAGGAGACUUGGGCCAGGACACUCCCUCCCCCGAAGCCACAUGCACUGAGACUGAAGAGUGUCUGAUGUUGGGGACGGAGGUCGACCUGCAGCAGGUUGAAAACAGUGUGUUCGCCAUGGAAACGGUGUUGAAGGCAUGGCUUCAAGAGCAGGGAGGAGACAGAGAGCACCUCCACCUCCUGCUGCCGAGUCCCACAGACAGUCCCAUUCCAGUGUGUGUGAAGUGUGACAUGCAGGAGCGUCUGAUAAGCCCUGCACUGAUCCCCCUGACCCCCAACCUGGGAGUGAAGACAGAGAGCGUCCGUGACUUCCUGCCCGUCAUUAAGAGCCAAUCAGCCAGUCAGAGCCCACCACCACAGAGACUGAGAGUAAUCAAGGUUCUGCGUGCAGAUGGAGUGUGUGAGAGUGUGUUGUACGGCCUGCCAUUGGUGAUCCGCCCCACCACCUACUGGCAGCUGGACUGGGAUGAAAUGGAGACCAACCACAACUUGUUCCACUCUCUCUGCUACACGCUCAGGAGUCGUGACUUGUUCCUGCUGCUGCAGGUGGAGCCUGUCCAGAGGUCCACAGCUGGAGGCUCAGGUGUGUAUUCUCACUACGUCCUCCAGCCCUCCCAAUCUCUCUCCCUCCUUCUGAAGCCUGUGGUGUCCAGAGAGUUGCUGCUGCCCUGCUCACUGCCUGUCUCAACUCAGGUCCCUGCACCUGAUGCCAUGGAAACUAUACAGGGUUGUCUCAGUCAGCUUGACGAGGCAUUUGUGCUCAACCCUCUCUCUCUGAGCACUAACCUCUACCAGCACCUCAGGAGCAGAGGCCUGCUCUCACAGCCACGAUACCCAUACAGGCUCAAGCCAGCAGCUGUCCACGGAGACCAGUCUCAGCCACCAGAGGCCCCUAAACCCACAGCCAGCAGACAGCCUCGGCAGCCACAAAAUCAGGACCGCCAACUGGGAACAAACAGCAAGGUCAGGGCCACCGUGGCUCCAAUGCCCUCUUCCUCCUCCCACUCCUCCUCUUCUUCCUCCUCCGUGGGACCUCCUCCUGCCAAGGCCUCUCGUCCGGCUCUAAGACUCCUCAGCAGCAGUGGAGGACGAUGAUGACGACUCCAUGGUAAUACAGUAAGGAAGCGGGCCGAGAGAGCAGAGAGAGCCAGUUAGCACACACACACACUUUUAAAUCCUAACAUGUCACUUCAAAGGGCAUUGCAGUGGGAAAGAGUACAACUAAAUCCGCACACACACACUUUUGUUAAUCAGUCUGCAUUGUAAAGUUUGUCAGUAAUUAGGCAGCUCAUAAAGCCUUUAAAGACACACACUAAUUUGCACAUAAAUGUACACAACACACGUAGUCACAUACUGUGAACACACUGUGAAUGCACACUUACUUUGUGCUGCACCCCAGGUGGCUACAGCUUCUUUUCAUACUUCUUUUCAUCUCUGUUUAUACUCACCACAUGAACAGCAUUAGCUAGAUGUGAAUUUAACGAGCCCGAGUGUGUGCAUGUGUGAAAAUAUGUGUGCAUGAAUGUGAGAAAAGAAAGUUUCAACUCACUGCAAUCUUAAGACUGCUGAGGCAGCAAAACUUAAAGAUCACACACCGUGAACAAUUUAAAAGCAGGAGAAAAGAUGAAAAGGAGGGAAACAGGGACAGUGGAAACCUGGAAGUGUCAAAAAACAGAGGGAAGGAAUGGAAAGUAAUAAGAAACAACAACAAAAGACAAAAGAGGUGUGGUGUGGGAGAUCAGAGGGAGAUUACAAGCUGAUAGAUGUAUAAAAAGCAUUGUCUGCACUAACUCACAUUAAUACACACAGUAUAACACAAAAACUCAAAACUAGAAAUUUACAACAUACUAUAGUUCUAAUACUAUAAUGACUUAUAGACAAAUGCACACAUAUGCACAUUCCUUUUCCAUUUUGCCCUUAAGUUCCAGUCUGAACACAGCUUCACUGUUUUAAUGAGACAGAGAAUAAAGCAGCAGACAGAGGGGCCUCUUUCCUCUCCUUCACCCCCACAGCGAGCUCUGUCUCUGGGGGUUGAAAGGCAGCGAGAGGGGGGUGGAUGGAAGGAGAACAGAGAGGAGAGAAAACUGAUAAAAAAACUGUGAAAUAGUGAACAUGAUAACUUUACAAUGAGGAAGAAUUUCCACUGCGUGUGUGUGUGUGUGUGUGUGUGUGUGUGUGUGUGGAGGGGUUGAUUCAAGUUCAUGCAGUGACAUCAUUGGUUGAAUCCUGCACAUCAUUUGCACACAUUCAGUCAUUGAUUCAUGGUCAUACGUAGAUAUUGGUCGUUACACACAUCCAUCCUCACUAUUAUUAAUUUAUUCCUUGUCAAGGAGCUUUGUCAUGCACACACACACGCACACUCACAUAUAGGCUUAAUCAGUCUCCCGCCAUUCCACCCCCUUGUUGAACCUACCCAGCCCCGAAUGACUUCAUGACGUUGUGAUGUUACGGGACUUCCGCAUUCACGAAUUACAACCACAACGAUGCUUUUGUCUCUGAAGAGAAUUCAAGUGGACAUCCAAAACUACCCACUGACAUUUUACCCACUUCUCUCUCUCCGUCCUUUCCCCCUUUCUCUCUCACUCAGUACUCUCAUUUUAAUCCUCACGAGCUCAAGUUGAGUCAACGUGUUUGAAUUUCAUCAAAUAGUGCAACAGCAGGCUCUCUGUCCCCAAAAAAGGUCAAAGCCAAAGUUCCUCAGUUUGACCUAAACUCUAUCAGCCACACUCCUCAGUAAAUGUCACAACUGUAGAAGAUUAAUGCGAUGUGACCUACAGUAACAAAAGUGUAAUUGUUUGUGUUUGCAAAUUCAUUCAGUUGAAUCUCAGAGAGAGUGUUGGGUUACUCAGGAGAUUUUUUAAGUUUUGGCAAGUUUUUGACCCAUAGCAGCCGUUUUUUUCUAAGAAAGUUCUUUGUUCAUUGUUGGUUUUUUCUAUGACAAAUAACCUUAUCUCAUAGUGUUGACUCACUCAUGUUCCUGUUCAGCUUUCAUCUUAAGUGUGUCUUUAAUCCAAUUUAUUGUCUGCGCUUCAAAGGAAAUGACAUGAAUUCAUGUAAUUUGUUCCCUCUAGAAAUUCAUAUCAGUUAGUUAUAUUUCAGCUGUUGUCUGAUGUCAGGAUCUUAUAAGCUCUAUAUACAUUUAUAUAUUUUUAUUAACCUCUCAGAUCUGUAUUUUAACACUGUUUAUGAACUGUGGGUUAAUAAAUUGUUCUAUUGUAGCAUUUUUGCAUUUUUCCUUUAAGGGAAAAUAGCCUGUAGUAGCUUUGCUUUGAAAAGAGGGCAUCUAACCACCUUCUCCCACUCACUGUUCCCCCUGCAGGAUGGUAACACUAUGUAGGACUGUCGCACAUUGAUAGAACUAUGAAAUGGUACACAGAUAUAAUAUAUUUAUUGAUGGAUUAGACUCUUGUCUUUGCCAUCACUGUGGUCACUUAAAAUCAAAAACUGUGGUGUAAAUCUUUCAAAACUUUAUGUUCAAAUUUGUCUAAACAAACAUCUGAGAACCUAAUGAGGGCCAUUAGUUUUCAUUAAGGCAGACCACCUGCAAGCGGGUGACAUUAAAGAAACUUUAACCCACGCCAUUUUCAA